AUUGCAUCCUAAACACCAUUGGUCACCACCUUAAAUACUUACGUAGGCGCAUAUUACGAACGCUUGCGUCAUCCGUCUCUGUGAUGACAGUCCAUGUUACGCAAUACUUGUCGUUCCCUUGGGAAUUUGUUACCUCACUGUUUUGGAAACGAUAUCCUAAUCCCCAUGCAAAGCACGUCUUGUCCGAGGAUGUUUUAGAAAGAUAUCUCCUAUCAGAUGGAAGGUUAUACACUAAACGGUUGUUAACUAAGAAAAUAUCAAAGAGGAUACCAUUUUGGUUGCUCAAGUUUUUUCCCAAAGGUCAAGUGUCGGUUGUUGAAGAAUCCAUUAUCGACGUUAAUCGUCAACGUGUCGAUGUCGUCUCCAAGAAUUUCGGUGUUUAUAAAAAGUACCUGCUUGUAGGAGAGUACUGCUCGUUGGUACCAUCAGACGAUUAUUCCGUAACAAAAAUUUCACGCAUACUUUCACUUGAAUCCAAUCUAAAAGGCAUUUUACGUUCAGCUCUCAUGAAAACAUCUCAAACCUACUAUAAUUCCUCAUAUAAGGAUACUUAUUUGGGUUAUAUGUAUCUUUGUAAUACGUAUAGUAACAUAUACAGUUCGAAAGAACGACAGUCACCAACAAAUGAUGUACCAAAAAGUUCUGUCAGAACGUUCAGUACAAAUGAAACACAAGAAUACACUUCGUCGAAACUACCACGAGUAGUCAUGGCAGAUUCCGGAUAAAUUAAGUGACACAAAUUGGGCCAUCAUUUCUUCAUACUCUUUUGUGUAGUAUUAUUUUGUACUUAGGAUUUAUUGUUUCCUUUCUCCAACUAUGAUCACGCUAGAGAAUACCUUCCUUUCCCACUUGUAUGAGUACGAACGUUUACUAAUUGACAAUUCACCACUUCAUAAUUUAGAAAUUAAAUCAAAUAUCUAUGGUUUUCCUUUCAUUUCAGCGUUUGAUUUCUUCGUUUUCAGUUUGUUUAAUUACAUUAUUGGGUUCUAACAGUGAUAAACUCUUGAUGUGCGUUUUAUAUAACAGAUAAAAAUACAUGCAUCAUUUCAUGUACUGAAAUAAAGCAAAGUAAGAGAUUUUACAGUUCAGAGUGUAAACUGUAUCGAAAGGAG